AGCCAUCCAUGUAUAUAUAGCCACACCUUCUCAUCCCAUCCCAUUAAUUACUCUCAUCACUAACCCUAAAAGUAGAACAAAACCCUUCGCCCAGUGAGUCUUCUUAUAACAUAUAUCAAGAUGAAGAUGAUGAAGAGCUUAGGACUACUCCUUACUUUAUUCCUACUCGGCUUUGUAGCUCUCUCCUUGCUCAAAUCUUGUGUUGCAGUCCCUACAACCAGAAGCCUGAUGAUGAGCCCAGGGAACCCUACUUCUCCAUAUGUACUUCAACAUGGCUUCCUGUCUCAGGGUGCAACAAUGAUGAAGUUGAGCAAUACUGAAGAUGAUGAGGAUGUAAUUGAAGGAAGGAUGGUCGUGGAGAGCUUGGAUUAUCAUGGAACAGGAGCCAACACCCACCAUGACCCUAAACCCCCAGGCAGCGCCAGACCUUAAUUAAUUAGCUAAAAACUCUUGUAAUAUGUGAGGGUGGUGUGUGUUUUGCUCAUAAGUUUUCUGUUGUGUUUGUUUCUCUGUCGGUUUCCUUAUGCAUCUUAAGUAAGUAAGUAAUGGUGGAAUGAAUGAGUGGCUGCGUGUAAUAUUGAUUAGUGGGACGUACGGUUAUUAAUUGUUUGUCUAUGGGGAGACUCAUGAUCAUGUGGUUGUAUAUAUAGUCUCUCAGGACAUGAGUGUAAGAUCAGUGAUCUAAUGGUUUUUAUUUUAUCAGUAAGAUGAUCUGUAGCAAUUAUUUACAGAGGCUGGGGGUUGUCCACUUGUCCUAAUCAGGAGUAAUAGCUAUCGGC